GUUUCAGCAUUCGGCUGUGUAUUAGGAGAGGUUCAAUACCAUACUGUAUGUCCAACUAAAUGACCUGGGCAACGCCGAUGACUGAUAAAUCCUAAGGAUCUCUUUUGCCUUUUGCAGUUUGCGCUUCUUACACUAAUACUCUCUCUAAUAUACCUGGAUCAUAGAUUUUUUUCUGUUAUGAGCUGAAUUGUUCACUUGUUCCCUUAACAAAGCAAUGGAUUUUCGAAAGGUUCCAUCUUGCACUGAAGUGAGCUCUUGGGGUCCUGAUACGCUCAUCGAUUAUUUUAAAAUGUGCAACCUCAAAGAUUGUCAAAAACUCAUCAAAAAGCAAGGGAUUACUGGGAAAAGGUUUUUGGAAAUGUCAGAAAAUGACAUGCAGAAGUUUCCUAAAAUAACUGUACCAAUACUUAUUAGAAUUCAACAAGAAAUAAAUAAAAAAGAAGAGAAGAGAGGACUGUUUCCAAGGCCGGAAACUCAGAAAGGUCACCUAGUAGGUAAAUUAAAUUACCCUCAUACACAAGGAACUUCCAAUGCAAACACAUCAGAAAGCUGGGAUUCAGACUCUGACUCAUUUGAUGACGACGACUAUGAAGACCCAGAUGAAGAAAAUGAUGAUGGAGAUUAUGAGUCGCCCACUCCAGGAGAUGAUAAUGAUGAUGGUAACAGUGAUGGGGAUUACGAACCACCACCCUCCAACAUUGAAAAUUGUCCAAUCAAUCCGCCAAAAACAAAGUUAGGCGACUCAGAUUAUGCGGACAGGCCAGUCCCCGGGAAUUAUACUAAAGGUCCCCCUAAUCCUCCUACAAGACCUGGAUUUCCUAUAUUCCCUGCAAGAGGCAAAACUUUCCCAGGAGCACAGUCUUCUUCAACUCAAGAAAACCACAGAAUACCAAAGCCUCAACAACAAACAACAUCACCUCCAAUUGUACACAGAGCAUCAAAGCCAACUCUCCCAUUAAACACUGUAAAACCUGUUUCAGGAAAAUUCCAACCUGAUCUCACAAAGAAUUCCACGGUACCUGCUCGUUUAAGGCAAAAUGUACCAGUAAAACCAGACCCUCUGAGAAAACCCCCGUUGCCAAAUCAACCCCCCUUGCUGAAGCCAAAUUAUUCAAGGCAGAAUGCGGAUGCUGAAGACGUAUUGCCAGAUGAAGAAGAUGGUCCCCAUAGAGUUUAUCCUCACCGUCCUUAUAAUUCAAACACCUUUCCUUCAGCAUCACCAAAACCCACCAUGAAACAUAUAAGUUCAGGAUCCAACACUAUGCCCAUUACAGAUACUUCUCACCCUGGAGCCCCGAAACCUGGAGGACUACUUUACAACCCUUAUAAACCAGGAGCUGUGAGGUGGGUGCCUUCUUGGAUCCUUGAUCAGCAUGAAAGAGGGAGCCUGCCUGGCAUUCCUGGUCUUUUGUACCUCCCAGAAUACAGGUUUUCUGAAGGGUCCGGAAAUAGCAGACCGCCAGCACCGAUUCCAGUCAACAGUAUGCCCCAACACUCCAAUGAUAGUCUUUCUUCAGAACAGUGGUAUUUGGGCAAUAUUUCAAGAAAGGAUGCAGAGAAUGCUCUUAGAACAAUCAAUCAGGAUGGCACAUUUCUGGUGAGAAAUUGUUCCCAGUCAACAACGUCACAACCAUAUGUUCUUAUGGUACUAUAUAGAGAUAAAGUCUAUAAUGUGCGGAUUCGCUAUGACCAGGAUAACCAAGCUUACAUUCUAGGAUCAAAAGGGCAAGAGCCCUUUGGGUCAGUAUCUGACAUUAUCAACUUCUUCCGCCAAACCCCUCUUCUUCUCAUUGAUGGGAAAGACCGAGGAUCCAGGCAACACUGCAAGCUCACUUCUAUUGCUGCUCGGAGCUUUCAUUAAGACUUUGUGCAACUGAAACUUUGCAACUAAUAAUGAACUAAGCUUCAUAAUUAAACAUACUUUACUGUUUUUUACUUCUAUUAGAUACAUUUUAAGAACAGAUUUUUUGCAUGAAUACAUAUCCUGCUUAAAAGAAAUCAAGCAACAUCUAUUACCAGUAUUGAAUUAUCUAAUUAUUUCUUUGAAAAAUACUAUUUUUAGAGAAUUUUUGAUUGUUAUUCUCAUGUUGCCUUACAGAUUUUUUUUGACAGAGUAAAUCUCUUUAGCAACAAAGACAUAGAGCAGCUUUGUGUGAACUAGACUAAGCUAUUUGGUGCAUUAUUCCAUUUCCAGUGUCCAAUCAUAAAUGUACUGUAGGCGGGAGCAGCAUCGGUGCCUCAUUGGGUCACAUUGUUACUAACACCAGAUCAUGCUCUCUAUAUCUCUCAGUGAAAAGAGUAGAAAAGUGAGCCUGUGUGCCCAUGGCAACCAAUCAGCUGCUCCGUACAAUUGUAUAGUAUGCAAAUUAGAAAUUUUACUUCAAUGCUAAUUGGUUACCAUGGGCAACUUCUCCACUGGCUCACUUCUCCACACUUGUCACUGCUUAAUGAAUAGACCAAAUAAUACUGUUCUGCUACAUUUUCCUGAACAGUCAUGUUUUACAACAUUUGGAAUUCCAUACCUAAAAUCUACGUUCUAAAACACAAUAAAUAUUGUAUACUUGGA